AUGCUCUCUCCGAUUCUCAUCAUCUGUGCCUUCGUGGCUUUCGUCGUUCUCGGUCAACCAGGGCCGAAAAUGAUCGACGAAACGACACGAUGGAGUCAGUGUAAGGAUGUAAAUCAGUCGAUUUACGACUUCCAAAUGGAAACACUUCAAGGACAAUUCACCGAUCUGUCACAGUACAAGGGACAAGUGUUGCUCUUAAUUAAUGUGGCCACAUUUUGUGCCUACACUCAACAAUAUACCGACUUUAACCCGCUAAUCGAAAAGAACGUGAACGGUGGAUUUACAAUCCUUGCAUUCCCUUGUAACCAGUUCUAUCUCCAGGAACCAGCAGAAAAUCAUGAACUUAUGAAUGGAAUUAUGUAUGUACGACCUGGUAACGGAUGGAAACCGCAUCAAAAUCUUCACAUCUACGGAAAAAUCGACGUGAAUGGAGAGAAUCAUCAUCCUCUUUACGAAUUCCUUAAGGAAAGUUGCCCGCAAACAGUGGAGAAGAUUGGAAAAACAAAUGAAUUGAUGUAUAAUCCGGUUAGAGCAAACGAUAUUACAUGGAAUUUCGAGAAGUUCCUUAUCGAUAGACAGGGACGUCCACGUUUCCGUUUUCAUCCAACUGCUUGGAGUCAUGGUGAUGUUGUGCAGCCAUUUAUCGAUCAACUCAUGAACGAGAGUCCAUGA